AUGGCCUACUGCACUGUUCCGCCCACCAUGCAAUACUCGGUCAACGUCGAUCCGUCCCAGAUGAUGCAUCAGCAGACGCAGCUGUCGUCUCCACUCUGGGCAACGUCUCCCAAUGAUGUGCCACCGCCUGCCCAGUCUCCUGGCGGUCCAAUGCUGCUGCUGAUGCCACCACUCCCAGUGCAACAGAUGGGCCAGGCCAUGUCGCCGAUGUCGCCAAUUUCACCCUCCGCGAUGUCGGCGAUGUCGCCUAUGUCGCCGAACCCAUUGUCCCCAACCGCACUCUCCCCCAUGUCUCCGGUGGAGUUCUACCCCGGCAGUCCUUCUGCGAUGCGCAACUACCACAGGAGCAACAGCGGAGCCAGUGCUUCGGACGCACCAACCAGCCCGCUCAACACCAGCAACCGCAGCUCCAAGGGCCCGAUCUCCAAGCUGCAAGAGUUUGUGCAGAGCAGCAAGGUACACCCGCUUCCGAGCAGCUGCGCGGUGCUGCAAUGGAGCCACGAGAAUCGCAUGGCCGGAUCCAGCCUGCAGUUCCGUGCGACGACCUCCUUCUUGCUUGAUGGCGUGCUUGGACUGCGCAGCGGGGAGUCUCUGAUUGUCCGUGAGGUAGAGCCCGAGGGUGCCAGAGGCAUCGUUGUUCGGCGGGUCAUAGAGGCUGACAAUAGUUGCCUCUUCAAUGCUGUUGGGUAUGUCCGGGAAAAGUUGCGCGGUGAAGCACCAGCGCUGCGUAAGAUUGUGGCCGAGCGAAUCGCCGCAGAUCCGGAACGCUACUGCGAGGCUUUCCUGGCGAAGCCGAACGCAGAUUACUGCGAUUGGAUCCUGCAGGCGAACAACUGGGGAGGUGCUAUCGAGCUCAGCGUUCUAGCAGAGCACUUCCAGUGUGAAAUUGCUGCCUAUGACAUUUGCUCCAUGCGACGCGAUCUCCACGGCGAGGGGCAAGGCUACAAGAGCCGAUAUAUGCUAAUUUACGAUGGCAUUCACUACGAUGCUUUGGCGCUCGCCGCGGACAAGGGCGCACCUGAAGCCGCAGACUUCACAGUCUUUGAAGUCGGUCCAGAAGCCGAUCUGGCCGACAUCAAGGCUCGAACAUUUGUUGCGGAGCAGAACAAGCAGCGGCAGUUCACGGACACUGGCAACUUCACAUUGCGUUGUUGCAUCUGCCAGGCCGGCCUAAAGGGCGAGGCAGAUGCUCGUGCGCAUGCGAGCUCGACAGGGCAUCAGAACUUCGCGGAGCCACACCAUGUGCUGGGAGGAUGGUGGCCCUCGAAGAAGCAGUCGCAGCGUGAUGCAGCCGAGAGGGCGCUGGCAUUCUUCAUCGGUGUGUGUGGAAAUGAGCUUACGAGGGGGCACGAAGGACACGCGGCUGGCCGCAAGUCUCAACUUGCCGAAGGCCACAGAGAGGAAGAGCCAGAGGAGGUCUACGAGUUGGAAGACUUUGUGGGAGAACAACUGAGGUGGAGUUGCCGCUGGGAGGCACAAGACACGCAGGAUCCUAUCCUUGAGGCUCUGUGCAAAGCCACUGUCGAGUUCCAGUACCUGGGUGUGUCGCAUGUCUUUGCUGGCAAAGCUUGCAGCAGCAAGGUGGCUGCGAAGACAGACACUGCCCGACGUGUCCUCUGGUACUUGCACUGCCCUGGCUACGAGAACGCCUUCGAAGUUGAGCAAGACCAAGUGAAGACGCUGGCGCAGGCCAUUCCCGAGCCAGUGCCGGGCACGUGGCCACCUACCCAGGAGGCUUUGAACGCUGCUGCCUGCAGCCCGAGCACGGUGGCAUCGACGUGCGAGCAGGAGAUGGAUCUCAGCCCUUGCAGCCCUUCGCCGUUGAGCCCGGGGCAACGAUCUCAAGCAGAGCAAGCUGAGUUGCUGGAGCGAAAGACCACCGUGAUGCGCUUGCAGAAUCGCCUCCAGAAGAUCUUUGCAAAGCAGCUGACACCUGGUAAAAGCGUCUGGUGCUGGAGGUACGAGAAGAACGAAGUGGAUCACACGUUCCAAGCUUCAGUGCACAUCUCACUCCUCGACCGUACCUUCACCGGUGGCUGGGCGUGCACUCACCAAGCAGCUCAAAUGGAGGCAUGCAAUCGCCUCACAUCCUUCUUGGACAAGGACUUCAAGAUGUGA